UGAAAGAGAUGGGAGGGCACAGCAGAGGCCCCUGAAUAAACAACCAUUAAAUUCUCCCUACGCCUCUAUGAGGAGAACAUUCAGACUUGGGGCCGCGCUUUAAACAAACCGAAACACAAGCCAGACCGAAACAGCAUUAAAACAUAGGGAAAGGGAAGAUUGUUCGAAAAAGGAAGCCCAUUUACUUUCACUACUUAAUCUUUUAAGAUUGGACGAUUGGGAAAAAAAAAAAAAAAGAGGCAGAUUAGUGGACAGGCAGAUAAAGCGAGGAAGAUGGGCGGAGGGAGAGAAGAGGGGGAUGAAGUGGAUGAAGGAGAAGAUGAAAGCUUUGUUGUGCUGAUGCUUAAUGAGCUGGAAAACACAAUUGAACUUCUCUGACUGUGGAAAUUGCUGUGAGGGCAUCGUAAAUUAGCGCCAGUGUGGGAGCUAGCCUGCUGACAGAAAAGGGGCUUUGUGUGGUGAAGGCUUCUUCACAGGCCUGCAGUCACUGAGAUCCUCACAGCGGCAUCGUGGCUCGAUCUGUCGCACGACAAGGAGUUUGGCGGUUACUCUCGAACAUGGACAAGGCAACAGUUUGGCAGCAUUUUUUGUGCGCUCCUCAUGAGCAGGUAAACUGAAGUAAAAGACUCCGUGUUGGUCAGAUCUAAAACCUCGUGCUCAAACCAAGAACCAUGUUGAGGUUUUCUUUAAUCGUGUGUCUUUCUCUGAUAUUUGGCAUCACAGCAAAGCCAUUUAAACCCGGGAAUAAACUUACAGAUGAAGCAUACCAGGACGUUGUUGUGUCCAUGGAUGACAAAGGAAAGAUGUCCUGGGGAGUGGAAGUGGAGCCUCCAGAGGACUUGGAUGAAACUGACUUUGCCAUCGACCCUCGCAUGAAGAUUUGGAAGAAUAUGAUGAGCAGCGGACAGAAUAAACCCCUGAAGGCCGGAGAAGACUCUGAUAAGCUGUUCCACCCUUCAAUGACCGAUUUAAUCAAAUUUCAGAUGCAAAACCAGGGAGUUUCUGCUUUUCUCUCUGCUUCAGAGCACUCGCAGAAAGAUGACUCGCUGAAACUCACUGAAGACUCUGACAAGCUGCUCCACUCGUCAGUGAGUGAUCUCCUCAAAAUGCGUAUCCAAAACCAGGGAGUUUCCGCUUUUCUCUCUGCUGCAGAGCCCUCGCAGAAAGAUGCCAACAUGAAGUCCUAUCAGGAACCAGAAGAGGAUAGAGAUGACAUCGAUCACCCUGCUUUCAGUGACUCACUGAAAGAACCCGAGCAGGACUGGGAGAAGGUGGUGCAUGAAUAUCUGGCCCCACUUACGGCUCAAAACAAAGGUGGUGCAAAGGUCCAUGUUGUGCACUCUGAACCAGAGAUGGACAAGGACGAUCUAUAUCAUCCCAACUUCCAGCCUGUGCAGAUGGAGCCGCUGGGACGUGAAGUAGUGGGUGAAAAUGCUGCAGCUCGGGUCGAAGAGCCAUUUCAGAGGAAGUACAAUGAACCAGAAGAAGAUCUGGAUGAUCUCUAUCACUAGUGAUCUUUUCAACAACUCAACAUGUAUUGAUCCUUUCAUUUAUUUCAAAUCAGACAUAGUUUAUAAAGAUAAAUAAAUAAAUCCUAAGUGUCAUUUGAAUCCAUUAAACUGUCCUUAAUAAUCUGAAUGAACAGAUCUAAAUCUGAAGUGUUGCUCAUGUGUAUCCUAAUAAUAAAGAUACUUUAACACACUCA